CGUCACACUAGCAGUGUUCAUCAUCACUCUUCCAGCAAUCAUGGCAGAUGAGGCGACUCGGAAAGCUGUACAAGAGAUACCUCUUUUAAAAACAAAUUCUGGCCCAAGAGAUAAAGAAUUGUGGGUUCAGAGACUUCGGGAGGAGUACAUAGCUCUGAUCAAGUAUGUGGAGAACAACAAAGCUGCUGACAAUGACUGGUUUCGACUGGAGUCCAAUAAGGAGGGCACAAGGUGGUUUGGGAAAUGCUGGUAUAUUCAUGAUCUCCUAAAAUACGAGUUUGAGGUGGAAUUUGAUAUCCCUGUCACAUAUCCCACUACUGCCCCUGAGCUGGCAAUCCCAGAACUGGAUGGCAAGACGGCCAAAAUGUACAGGGGCGGCAGAAUCUGUCUGACGGACCACUUCAAGCCACUGUGGGCAAGAAACGUUCCUAAAUUCGGACUGGCUCACCUCAUGGCUCUUGGGCUCGGUCCUUGGCUUGCUGUUGAGAUACCUGACCUCAUUUCCAAAGGCGUCAUUGAACACAAGGAACAGCAGAGCAGUUGAGAAGACCUCCAUAGCACUCGAGCCUCAGAGUGGAAUGCCAACCAACAUUUCUCACGACACAUCUGUAAUCUCUCCUUCAACGGACAGACUACCACUUUUGGCUUGUAUAUUUAUUUUGCCUCAGGUGACUGAAAUUGCCUUUUUCAUCCAUCAGAGAUAGUCAGUGUAAGAAUGAAUAAGAAUUGUGCUAUGUCAGCGCACCACUUACAUAAUUGAAAUGUCAGUGACCUACAAAGUCAUAGUGCAUAUAUUUUUAAUAUCCUCUAAUGAAAUGUGUUUUGAAUUUUUAAUUCUGUAACAUAGAGGAAUCAUCCCCUUUACACCACUAAAACACUUGAGAUGGGAGAUUAGUUGAUGUAUUUGCUCACAUACAGGUACAUCAGCCUAACAAGUUUACUUUGUCAUGGUGCAAGUCGACGUUGCCUUUAGUACAGUAAGGACAACGGAGUCUGCAAAGAUAAACGGUUGUACAGGGACCACCUUAAUUUAUGCUCUAGGUGUUUGUGAGUCUCAAUAGACAGUGUUAUUUUCGGAAAAUGUCCACGUAGUCAAAUAACGUUUCUGUUUAAAAAACAUCCAUCAGAUUCUCAUGAUUGUCACUAUUGUCACCUGACUGUAAAAAUGUAAAUUAUGAUACGAAGAGAGCAGUGUCAAUGGUCAGACACAGAUCACUGACAUAAUAAACGACCUGUAUUGCAAACUAA